AUGCCGCCAAACAUUUCCGCGCUGUCUCAAUACCAAAUACGGAGGUUUUUCCAAGAGAACGAUUCUGUCACGCAGUGGCAAUACAACGCAGAAGCCCAAAAUAUAACAAGCCAGUCCGUCACCGCGACAGCAUUUCAGGGCGGAACCAGUUACACUGUUGAAGGUGGGGAAGUUGUCGUUCAGUUCCGCGUUCCAAGCUCUCAUCUGGACGUGGACUUGAUCCGAAGCAUCGAACAAGCCUAUCGCGGCUUUGCGCCACGACACGAGUACCGAGGGAAACUUGGCCAGGUCAGCGUCUAUACGAUGAACAACAUAGGGGGGACCUGCAUGUACUUGGCCCGAACCGAGCUCCAGAGCGACAACUACUCCCUUCUGCGACUCACCAUAGACGACUACACAAGGCUUGCCAACCCCUCCCACCCUUUCCAAGGCAAGGGAAACGGCGCGUCUGACGAGCAGAAGCGGCGCAUCGAGGCUGCAAGACUGAUUGGCCUCUUUCUGGCCAAUGGCUUCCAGCAGGGCCGGCCGGCUACGGAAGAAAGCGAGGAUUUGCGUUUUCGCGGUGCUGUCAUUCUCACACCAUGA